AUGGGCGGCGGAUAUAACGGUGGUGGUGGUGGCGGAUACAACGGCGGAGGAGGUGAUGAUGGGUACCAGGGAAACCAGAAUUACGAAGCAAGCAACAACUAUGAGUCUAACAAUGUUAGGCCACCAGCUGCCAUCUUCCUGACCAUUGCCGCCGGUGACAAGGGCAUUUCUUCAAGUGGCCACAGCAACAACGAUAACUACUCAAACCAGGGAGGAAGUGGUGUCAGCAGCAGCGUCAGCUUCAGCAGCAGCAACAACUACGGCUCAGACAACUCCGGCCCGACUAGCUACUCAAGCAGUCUCAACUCUGGCUACUCAUCCUCCUCUGAUGGCUACUCAAAUGCGGACAAAAGUGACUACCAGGGAAGUGGAAGCAGUCCCUUCAGUAAAUCAUACGCCACGAAUGAGAUUAAAAUUCCCAAAUCCGAGCAAUCAGUGAACCAGCAACCUCACUACGAGCCACUGAACUCGCCAGUCAACUACGAGUCAUCGAACAACAACUACGACUCAAAGGCGGCCAAUCACCCAGCCAUCAUCUACUCUGCGCCUGACCCGUACAUCGGCAAAAGCAGCAGUAGCAGUGGCAGCAGCAGCGGUCAGCCAGAAUUCAGAAUCGCCAUCAUAGCAGCAGACACAACCGGCGGCGGCAGCGACAGAGAUGUCGACGAGGGCACUAAUGGCAAUGACUACUACACUGAUCUGCACCUCUAUGCUGCACAUCGUGACAUUGCUAUUGCUGCUGCUGCUGCUGGUGCUACUGCUGAUAAUGGUAAUGCUAAUAGUGCUGGCAACAUGGAGCGCAGUGGACUGCACUGUCCAAUACGACCUGAAGAGUGCAGUGCCAGUGUGCAGACUGAGAAGUUGGAAUGCUCCGAGAAUUCACACAGUGGAGGCGACUUAGCGUAA